AUCACAACAUUUUAAUAUUCGUCCUUUGGAGCAACCUUAUCUUUGUAAUACUAGCAACGUCUGCUGCAUAUGAUAACUGUACUCUGGUUGCCAGCUGACCCGAUUUUUCGGUUUACUUGAAGUGUGGCCAAAUGUAAACCACAAUUUAAAUAGUAAUAGGCGUAUUAAAACCUAUAGGAAUUGAAGGUAAUGUCUUGAUUGAUCUCCUGUCAGCUGGCCGGACGCUCAAACUGCAGUUGGGGAUAAAUGUCUUCUCCAACUCAAACAGAGGACGAUGAGGUGGAUGAAGUGGAGUUUGUAUCGGAGGGCCCCGUCAGGCCAGUAUUGGAGUGUAUUGACCUGCUGAGUGAGGAUGAGGGAUGUUCAUCAUUGCCGGGCACGAUUGAAGAUAAACUCUCCCGCCAUAAAGCGCGUGUUACAUCUACACUGGACAGACUUGCCCACCAGGUGGCCCAAGAGAAAAAGGAAAGAAUAGAUAAAUGCAGAGCGUUCAAGGAGAAGCAAAUGUCACAAAGAGCUCAUGGACAGCAGGGGCUGGCUUUUAGUUCUACAAAUGGAAAUAAACACGAAGCAAAGCACUGCGUGGACAUGUGGUUAAAUAUGCCAGGUCCUAGACCUGGAGUUAUCAAUGCUGGUUUUGGAAGACGACGCCAACCUGUUUCGUUCCCUGGAAAUAGUUCCAUUAGACACACUUGUCCAGUGAUCAACUGUGGGCGAGUUUAUGACAAUACGUCCCUCCUUGAUGGUCACUUAAAAAGGUUUGAUCACUCUCCUUGUGACCCAACCAUCAAUAUUAAAGGAUGUCCAUCUGAGAUCUUUGCCUGUAUUGCCUGUUGUCAACUUUUUCAUACUGAAGAAACAUGGAGGCAACAUCUCAUGUCUAAGGUGUCCUCGUUUACUGCUGAUGGUCACAGCAUCACUCAGAACUAUCAGCGGAUUGUGUGUUUUGCCUGUCCUGCCUGCUACUGCCUCUUCAACCUCCGAGAUGAGUGUCUUCAGCACAUGUCAGCCAAAAACCACUUCACAGAGUCACUCGCCAUGAGUGAGACCAAAGGAAGACCACUGCCAGUUCCCAUCUCGCAGUACGUUAAGAAUCGUCUCAUCACUUUGUGCAAGGAUGCAACGUUCAAUGUCCGAUGCUCUUUAUGUCAUAAAGUACUGAUCUCACAUCAGGCAGCUCAAGCUCACUUUAAUGUGCACUGCAGACAGGGCUGCGCCGUGGCCUCGGCUGAUAAAACUAUAGUGGAGGUAAUGAAACAGCUGCAAGUGCGUGGGCAGUGUUCCAUCUGCUGUAAAAUCUUCCGCAGCCAAGCUGAAAUUGAGAGACACAAAGAAUCGACCCAGCAUGACGUGGAGGUCAACCAAACAAUGGCGAAAGCCCUCCUUCAGUACUGCAGGUUUAGUGAACUUCAACACAAACAGAGGACUGGAGAGGCACAGAGGAAACGACAGGCCACUGGCCAUGAAACACCUAUUGAAAAAAGAAACAAGACGAAGAAUUGUGAAGAAUCACCAGCCAAACGGAAGAGGCUGAGUGUGAAUGGCAGCACUAGCAGAAAGUCAGUAACGGCGUGGUUCUGCGAGUGUGGCAUACAGUUCUCAGAGGAGGCUACAGCCACUAAGCAUCUCUUGGCUGUGAACCGAAUUUUCCAUCAGUGUGGCGUGUGUGGCAAACACAUGGGCGAGUCCUCGAUUACCCGCCUGCACAUGAGUCGCUUUCACGGUGGAGCUCAUCUCUCCAACUUCCUCUUCAACUGCCGCAAGUGCAACCUGGAAAUGCCUCGGUACGAAGACAUCCUGUCACACGUGGCAGACGCUCACAGCGGACACACCUACUUCACUCAGCGGGAAGUGCCCAAGGAGCUCGAUACCGAGCCGUCAACCAGCAGCAAAGUGGCCCGACAUUCAUCGUCCAUGUCCACAGGCAAGCAACGCACAGCAGAGACGUCUUCUUUCAAAGCAGAGCCGAAGUGGAUGUGCAGGAUGUGCGAGGACACCUUCGACUCAGAAGCGGCCGCCCGCAAACACUGCAGCGACGUGAGCGGUCACAGCUUUCAGAGAUUCAUCUGUGGACACUGCCCCCAGAAGUUCUUUAAAGAGUCGACUGUACGCAGACACUGUACGAACGAGCACGACGGGCAGAUAAAGAGCUCCCACUUCUGCGGCCUCUGCGACAGCAUGCAGUUUGAAACCGAGGGCGAGUUCUUGGAGCACUACAAGAGCCUUCACAGUACGGACUAUUACUGCGUGGAGGAUGUUGAGGUUGUUCAGCCUACUGUUGCUGAAAGCGCCAGUUGGCUUAAGUGCCCAUGCAUGGGUUCAGAAAAGUGCAUAGAGGAGAUGAAAGCUACAUAUACACAAUGCAUGAGGGAUCUGUCCGCAGAAGGAAAAUGUCUCUAUGUGUGCGCUCCUUGUGGCGUAUCUGUGCCUUCCUAUGCACAGAUGAAGACUCACGUGCACACAAAGCACGCAGCCCUGAACCUGGACAAGACCUAUGACGUAGAGUGCGAAGCUUGCCAGGAGAGCUUCACGAGUGUACCGAGUUUCCAUAAACACUAUCACUCCCGACACUGUACACUGGAGCCUUGCAUGAGCUCCAGGACCUGCAGUAAAAACAUGAAAGCAGAACCCCCUUCUGUGAAAGUGCUCAACGCUGUGGAGAUCACAUCAGACACCGACGAGAUUGAAGAUGAAACCCUGGUGAAGUUUUUAAACAUGGAUCAGACCAACAAAGAGAGUGAAGCAUGCGAAAAUGAAUCGGAUGAAGAAAUGAACCACGAACCGUCUUUUAAUGCAGAAGAAGAAAGAGAGUCAGCAGAGUUGGAAGAAGCUCUUCAAAGAAGUCUUCUGGAGUUUUGAGGAUGUGAUUUAAAUGUUUUCUUUUGUUCCACAAUGUUCACCUGACAUAUAUAUAGACAUGUUUUGUACCAGGUAUUUGUGUUCAGAUUAUAUUAAAUAAAUAGUAGUUGCUAUUUGA